GUCAGAAAGCACUGCGUCAGCUGGCACUGAUCAACAGUUGACUACCACGCCUCAAUUCCUGUCAGAAACACCAGAAACACAACCAAUAGCAAAUCAGUCAGAAAGCACUGCGUCAGCUGGCACUGAUCAACAGUUGACUACCACGCCUCAAUUCCUGUCAGAAACACCAGAAACACAACCAAUAGCAAAUCAGUCAGAAAGCACUGCGUCAGCUGGCACUGAUCAACAGUUGACUACCACGCCUCAAUUCCUGUCAGAAACACCAG